UUGGAACCCCAUCUUCUUAUAUCUUUCCCUUUCCAAGCUACCUUCUCCUUUCCCCAAAAGAGAGAGAAAGAAAUACACAGAGAACAGAGCAGUGAGACAGAGAGAGAGAGAGAUCAUGGCGAUGGCUUUCAAGAUGGCAACUGAGGGGAUGAAUGUGAGGGAGGAAUGUCGCAAAUCCUUCUUGGAGAUGAAGUGGAAGAGAGUACACCGUUACAUUGUCUUUAAGAUUGAUGAGAGCACUAAGGCGAUCAUGGUCGACAAGCUCGGCGGAGCUGCCGAGUGCUAUGCCGAUCUCGCCGCCUCCCUCCCCGCCGACGAUUGUCGCUACGCCGUCUUCGAUUUCGACUUCGUCACCGUCGACAAUUGUCAGAAGAGCAGAAUGUUCUUCAUCACUUGGUCUCCUGCUGCAUCAAGGAUUAGAGCAAAGAUGCUCUAUGCAACAUCAAAACAAGGACUGAGGAGGCUUCUUGAUGGAGUCCACUAUGAAGUUCAAGCCACUGAUCCUACUGAGAUGGGAUUUGAUGUCAUCAAACAGAGAGCUUACUGAUUUCUUGCCUAAAAUAAUCAAAAGUAAUAAACCUAUUUAAGGCUAAAAUGAAGGAUUAUCUUCUCCUAAUUACCAGCUAAGUACAUCUUCUGAUGUUCAGAUUACUGUUUUUACUUAUUAACUGUACUUUGUCUCUUAAGCAGAAAGAAGAAAGUGGAGAGGAGCUGAUAGGCUUUCAGCCGCUUCUCUUUCUUUUCUCAUUAAGGUCAUUAAUCUUAUUUAAUUAUGCUUA